AUGGCCAAGGGGCGGAGGCACGGGGCGGAGCGGCUCCUCGAGGCUCCCGCCCAUUCCGCAGGCAGAAGUGGCGCCGCCGACCUCCCCAACCUCGCCGAGGACGACAUCUGGGCCGCCUUCGAAGGCGACAACGACGAAGGCGGCGGCCAGGACCGGCGGACGAGCCGCGCCCGUUCACGCGUAUGGGUUGACGGGCACGUGGGCGGUCUCUCCCUGAACUUCGAGGACUCGUACCAUGGGACGGCGGCGGUGGCGGCCCGGUCGCUGCCGCUCGAUCGGCUCCGGGUGGCAGCUUCAGCGCCAGUGAACGUGCCAGCCUGGUCAAGGUCGCUUCGGUCCAGCUCGGGCGUUCCGCCGCCGGAGGAGGAGGCGGAGGAGGAGGAGGAGGAAGAAACGGGCGGCGAGUGGCUGCCGCCGCACGAAUACCUGGCGCGGGUGCAGGGGAAGACCAUGGGGACGUCGGUGUUGGAAGGCGCGGGGAGAACGCUAAAGGGACGGGACAUGAGCCGGGUCCGGGACGCGGUCUGGAGCCAGACCGGCUACUUUGGUUGA